GCUGACGAAGGGGUAGUGCUUCCGGGUAGGAGCUAGGUGACCCCGGACGGCGCAGGAGCCUGCGGCGACAGCAACGAUGGGGGCGCACCUGGCCCGGCGCUACCUGGGCGAUUCAUCGAAGGAGCCCGACCCCCUGCAGAUGCCCACCUUCCCGCCCGACUUCGGCUUCCCCGAGCGCAAGGAGCGCGAGAUGGUGGCCACUCAGCAGGAGAUGAAUGAUGCGCAGCUGGUGCUAAAGCAGCGGGACUACUGCGCGCACUACCUCAUCCAGCUGCUCAAGUGCAAGCGGGACAGCUUCCCCAACUUCCUGGCCUGCAAGCACGAGCAGCACGACUGGGACUACUGCGAGCACCUCGACUACGUGAAGCGCAUGAAGGAGUUUGAGCGGGAGCGGCGGCUGCUCCAGCGGAAGAAGCGGCGGGAGCAGAGGGAGGCAGACAUGGCCAGAGGUCAGGGGCCUGGGGAGGUGGGCCCCGAGGUGGCCCUGUAGUGGGCCCACCUACCGCCCUGUGGACCAGCCAAGAAAUAAAAGCCUCCAGGCCCCUGGGCCCAC